AUGAUAAAAAUAGCAGCAUUGAAUAAGGAAACUGACGAAGAUAGCGGUUCUGAAGAAGAGGUCUCGAGAGAGGCGUUAGAACAAAUUGCACUACAACAAUAUGCCAAAGCUUUAGAUUUACAAAGAAAAGGCAAUUUGCAGGAUGCAACUCAACUACUUAAAGAUUUACUGGAUACUGAGCUUUUAUAUGAUGUAAAAAAACCGGCAGCGGGAGAGAAAGUAACUGGACCCCUGUUUAAUUUAAAAUAUUUGUGCUACAAAAACCUGGCAUGCAUGCUAAGUACGUCGGGAGAUCUCGAUGCAGCUAUUGAAGCUUAUACUUCAGCUUCUGAACUUGAUGAUACUGAUUUAACUCUCUGGUUUCGUUUUGGCUUAGUAUGUUUACUGGCACGUCGGUACGAGACUUCAUUGUAUGCCUUUGAACGCGGAAUGGACAUAAAUCCUCGUCACUGGCCCUGUAUUGAUAAAAUUGUUACACUGUUACUCGGAAUGGACAUGAAGGAACAAUGUAUAGCUGUAAUCCAUGAUGCACUUCAACUUGAUCCCGGUUAUCUUCGAGGAAUUGUGUAUAGAAAACAUAUUUAUACUGUGUUUCGUCAUAUGAAAGAGUACAUGGAAUAUUUAAACCCUAUAUAUAAAUGGGAUGAAAAAGAAGAUGAAUCAAUAGAUAAAGAUAAAUCAGCCAAGCUGAUUAAAGAAGCAGAUGACAUAUAUGAAAGUUUUAUUGAACAGCAGAGAGCGCAGAAGGUAGUACACAAAAUACCAGAUUUAGUCCUUCAAAAACCAAUCAAUAGAUUCACAUGGGAAUCGGUUGGUGAGUCAUUAGUACACAUGCAUAAAUACAUAGCAGAGAAUGGCCUAAGUCAUGCAGCAUUUAUUGAACUAGUCUUUAACACAGAAGUUCAACAGAAAAAGAUGGAGGUGUGUGAAGAACAGCAAGAAAGUGACAGUAGUAAAGUUGAAAAUAAGCCCGAGCAGGUUGAUGAUAAACCUUUAGAAGUCAUCACAACUGAGGCUGAAUUAAAUGAUAUGUCUGAUAAGGAAAAACCAGUGACUGAUACUGAAAAGGUUGAAAGUGAUAUUGAAAUGAUAAAUUUGGAACAAGUAGGUGAAAAUGUACCAGAAAUGAAGGAGCAUAAAAAAACUCGGGGGCGUAGAAGGGGAAGUGCACUUAGUUUUCUUGAGCAGUGGGAAUGGUGCACUAAACGUAGAUCAGGUCGAAAAAAAAAUUCUAAUAAAGAAGAUAAUAUCUAUGACACUUUAAGGCAAAUGGUUCCAUUAAACCUAGUACCAGAAAAUGUAAAGAAAAGUGAUAAUCAACUUACAGAAGAACCAUCCUUCCCUGAUUUAAAAGAAUUAUUUGAUGAGAAAGAAAGAGAUAAUGAUAAAUACUUUAACUUAGAAGUAGAGCAAAAGGAUGUAGAGGCCUUUAUAAAAAAAUAUAUGGAACAAAAAAGAGAUAUGAUUGAUAUGUUAAAAGAAUAUUUAAGCAUUCUCUCCAAAAAAUGGAAAUUAAAGUGGCCUGAAGGAUUAUCUAAGUGGUAUAUAGAGGCCAACAAAUGUUACAAUACUCAUGUUGAUGUUCCUGCAUGUAUUGACGAAAAUAUUGAAGAUUUAAUACAUUAUACAACUGUCAAUCUCUUAGCCGAAGAGUUUACUGUUAAUUACAAACUUAUAACCAAAACUGAUGAAAAAAUAUGUCACAGUCUUUGUGCUAUAGAUAAUAUUGAAAUUAUUCUUACAUUUAAACCAGAAAUAUUUGAAAGUUCACAGUGUUUAGACAUCAUGUUGAGACAGUUAUGGCUCAAAAUGCACAUUUAUUCUAUAAAUAGAGAAGAUGAUUUUGCUCUUGAUUGUUUAUAUCAAUUGGCUGCAGAAUUUGAAGCAAUGGGGGAACAUAAAGACGUGUAUAAUCUUCAUGUUGUGAAUUUUUCUUUCAAGCCAAUUAUCAAUAAACAUGAAAUAUUAGAAUAUGUUAAGUUUUUAGAACGCAACAAGAAGUUGUCCACAGUAAAAGACUUGUUUCAACGUAACUCUUAUGACGAAGUAUUGGCUAUCAUAGUAGAUUCUUUUGAACAUUGUAAGACCUUAGCUAAAGAACAAGAAAAUGAAAUGUCUUUAGACUUUGCAGUCCAAAUGUCACUCAUAUUAGAUUCUUAUUGGGCUUUAGAAAAAGUUGGAGAUUGCUUUAGAUGGUCAUUUAUUUGUUUACAUGAAGCUCUAAAACAUUAUUUUAGAUUUACAUCAGAGUCGAGCGAUUAUGAAAAGUGGACUCUUGCUGUUGUAAAAAUAUUAAGUUGCAUGGAACAUAUCCUGGCCACAGAGGGGUUUUCGUGCUUAGACGCCAUCUCCUCAAACGAAUUAAGUCAAGGGCUUGAGGACCUCAUUAGAAUAAUCGGACAUCAAAUGGAAACGAAAACUACAGAGAUGCCGAUAGACACAGUGUCGCCGUGGAUUAUAAUGCACUACAUUUUGCAAAGAGAAGAAGAUCAAGGCAGAGGAAGGCCGGUUGCUGAAAGUGACAAAACUCUCGAUGAAGAGAUACCGAAUCCUAUUAUGGUAUUAUUUAUUGGUCAUGAUAAACUAGGAAGCAGAGGCUGGUGUAACAAGUCAAAUGGAAAGUUAUUGUAUUUUAUUUUAGACACUGUUGUUCCACUGUUACGUUCUCCGGCUCUAUCGAAAUCGUUGGAAAACAUCUGCCAAUAUAUGGAACAAUGUGUUUUUUGCCUGUAUGGACACCCACAAAAUCGAAAAAAUAAAGUAAAAUACGUAGCAGAGCACAGUAAUGUUACAGCUCAUAAUCUAGACUGGCCGAGAGCCCAGCAGUUGUAUGAAAUAUUCCGACCACCAGUUCUUCCAGCUUUAGAAGGCAAGCUAACUGGUAUUACUGCUGAUACAGAAAUAUUGUUUCACCGUAUUCUUGCUUUAUUACCAUCAGAGUGCGACCCACAAAAAUAUAUUCCAGAAUUAGAGAAGUAUAUAAAAGGUAUCGACUCUAAAUUACCUUUAUUUCCUCAACUAUUGCCAUAUAAAAUAAAAGAUAUAUACUUCUUACUUGGGGAUUAUUAUUUUAAGAAAGAAGAGACAAAAUUAGCUGUGAAGUAUAAUAUGUUAGAUGUAAUAAUAAAUAAAGACAGAUUAGAAUCAUGGGCUGAAAUGUCACUUGGAAAAGCUGUUAAUCUAGAAAGAAUCUUGAAUUCUUGUAAGAAUCUUAAUAAUGAGAGAGAGUUUCUUACUCCGGCCAAAAGUACAAUACGUUGUUUCAAAAGAGCUGUUGAAAUCGAUCCGGAUCAUUGUAAUCUUUGGAUAGAAUAUGGAAAUUUUGUGUACUCAGUUCAUUCAUUUGUCUCAAGAUUGCUGAAACAAGCGAGUGAAUCGUUAAGUAUGGAAGACUUUGAAGCUCUUGAGAAGCAGAAAGAAAGUUUACUAGACACAACUCAAAAGUGCUUUGCUACUGUUGUAGAUCACUUUGAUAGAGUGGAAAUCGAGAAGAACGAAGAUUCUUGGUUGCUCUUUUACAUGUUAGGAAAAGUUGCAGAGAAGCGCAAUAAACCCCCUUCAAUCUAUUUAAAUUAUUAUAUGAAAGGCUUCAAAAGUUUACUCGAGGCUGAUGCUAAUUAUCCUUUAAAAAUAAAUUACAGUUCACCUACACAUCUGUCUAUAGAAGUCUUAGAGUUACAUUACAGAAUUCACGCGUCCAUUCUCAAAUAUAUUGAGCAACAUGAAAACAAGCCAAUAUCGGCAUCAGUGGGUAAAGUGUUUUUAAAUUGUAUAGAGGAAUGGCAGCGGGGUCCUUUUACCUCUAAACCGAAAAAAGAUACAGAAAUCAGGCCUGAAGAGCCAUCUAUUCAGGCUGCAAAUAUUCUAAAAAGAUCAGUUAGUGACGCGGGCGAGGAAGAUAACCAAGAAGCUAAAAAACUUAAACUGGAAUCUGCUGCAGCAAAAGUGAGGCGCUCGGCCUCUUACGACACUGAACGUAUUAAAGAUGUUGCGGAAGCAAGUUUUAGCUGUUCUGAUAAGAAAGAGAAUGACCUAAAUAAUAAGGUACCCGAUUGCGCUAAUGACGUCGCCUCAAGAUUAGAAAGUCAAGAAAAAGCUGUUACAGAAAACGACAUAAAGCAUGCUGAGAAAAAACAAAGCGAUCAAGAAAAAAAUGAUAAUAGUUCAAGUUCUUCAUCCUCAUCUUCCGAUUCUAGUAGCUCUGAAUCUUCUUCAGAUAGCACCGACUCGGCGAGAGAAAGCGACUCGUCUAGUAAGUCUUCACUCGGCACCAAACCAUUAUCGGACGACGACAUAAUGAAAAUCGUAUCGGGCUGUCUCGAUGCUCUUGAAGACUGUGCGAGCCGUUUCCCGCCACACUAUAAAGCAAUUUACAGGCUAGCUCAUUACCAUUUUUAUUAUAAAAAGGGUAAGGACAUCGAAAGGUGUCGCGAUUUAAUGCUGUCUUCUUUUACAGCACGAUCUGGGCAAAAAUUGAGCGGCCUAUUCAGUGAGAAAAAAACAAAUAAUUUCUUUAACAAUAUAUGGAAAAUUCCCCUGAACGACGUCGACCGAGGUGGUAGUUUUGCAUUCCACAUGAACCGGUCUGUCCUUCUGACAAUGGAGAUUUUGAAAGAAAUCGACGAUCAUAAAACUUUAUUGGAUUUAAGUGUACAUUUACAAAGAAUUCCAGAUCCCGACAAAACAUAUUUGCGAGAUGCCGACAGAGAAGAUCUCGCGCAGCAAGCGUUUUCUCUAUGCGUUCAAGCUCUCAAAGGGCAGUUAGUUAAAUUCAGUCAGCAGCCCGAUAUAAAAAGCAACGACGUCGAACGCCAAGCGCUGAAAAGUUUGAUGCUGGACAUAUAUCGUUCAUAUCAGAAAGUGCAGAAGCAACCGCAGUCGAAGCAAUUUGUCAACUUACUCAUCGAAGCUUACAAGUUAAUAACGACCACCCCAAUAACCGAAGGCAUGAAUCUGGUGGACUUAAGCAUGAAAUACUGCCAGUCUUUAAAGCAGCAAGCAGUCGCUCAGGCUAAUUUAGACAAAACUCAAAGUAUGCAAAAGAAACAAGCUACCAAAUCGAUAGAAACUCCCAAACAUCCUAAUACUACGACGGCACCUGUUUCUCAAGCUGGAAAAUUAGACCAAAAGCCGCAGCAGUCCACAGCGUCUACUUCUGUAAUACCGAAGAUUUCAUCUCACGAGAUCACCUCGGCAUUUCAAAACUAUUUACCUUUGAUGAAUGAUGCUAUGCCUAUGCUAAAUGAAUUUAUGGUCAGUCAGCAAAGAGCGGCGGCUUUGUCUUACCUCAGUAACAUAAGUGCCCUCGCCAAUUAUUCCUCGCUGCCUAAUCCUCUUCAGUUUUCGGCGCAGAAUACUUUUCAAGCAGAGUUUUACAAACAAUUCCUUGCGCAAGGCCUGUCAUCAUUAAAUCCUCCGCCUACUAAAAAGCAAAAGCGUGGACCGAAGCCGGGCUCCAGUCGUUCUUCUUCAACCUUAACAUCUCAAGCAAAACAGAAAUCGUUUACCGGAACGGUACCGACAUCCAAAGCGACUCCGACGCCCGUUAUAUCCAGUCUGCAGAAAUCUGCGUCGACGUCGUUAACAUCUAGCAUGGGAAGUGUGCUAUCGACGUUGCCAGCCUCUAUGACCGCCAAUCUCCCCACGUUUGUGACGUCUCAUUCCGGUUCACAUAACGCAGCACCCCAAGCGCAUCUGACGACCGCUUCCGCCGUUAGUGCACCUAUUCAUACGAAGACGCAGUUACUUCAACAGGUUAGUCCCGGUAAGACUCUACAGGAGAAAUUAGCCGAGAGACAGAAAAAUAUUCCAGUGUCCAAACCCAAUACUUCGGAUAUAACUGCUUCGAUUAAUCGAUUACCAUCAUCGCUCACAAUUACUAAGACUUCUAAAGCGGCCACUUUAAAGAAGGCGGAUUCCAAGAAGUCCUUGACGUUUUCGGACCCUAAACCUAAGCCUAUCGUCGAUGAAAUAAUAAUAUUAGAUGAUGAUGAUUGA